AUGCGGGCUUUUCCCGCUUUGUUGGCCCUUCUAGGCGCCGGUUUCCUUGGGAGUGGUGUGCACGGAGACUCGCUGACGAGCAUCAACCAUGUCGUUCUAUUCAUGCAAGAGAAUCGAGCGUUUGACCAUUACUUCGGGACUAUGGCUGGCGUUCGAGGCUUCUCUGAUCCCAACGUGCAAGUGAAUCCUAAUGGCAAAUCAGUCUGGUACCAGAAGCUGAACAAGACCAUGACGAAGGAUGCCAAUUAUCUGCUCCCUUUCUAUCUCAACGAAUCGGGCGGCCACUGGCUAAAUGCCACCCAGUGUAUGGACGCAGGAUCGAAUGGUUACGAAGAAAACCACCUGGCCUAUAACGGCGGCCUCAAUGACCACUGGGCCCUCAAUAACACGCCAUGGAGCUGGGGCUACUACAAGAGAAGUGAUCUCCCUGUCCAGUUCGCCCUGGCAGAAGGCUGGACUGUAGGUGACAUGUACCAAGAAAGCGUCAUCGCGUCCACCAAUCCAAACCGUGUGACUUGGGUGAGCGGAACUAUCAACGUCCCUGGCUCCCCACAGACAGCAAGCGAGGGCGGCGUGUACAUCGAUAAUAACGAAGUCCCUGGGUGCGAGUUGCCAGGGGUAAAUUGCUACCCACUGUCAUGGACCACAACGCCUGAGAUAUACCAACAAGCGGGCGUCACAUGGCAGGUCUACCAAGAUGUCGACAAUUUCGACGACAACCCUCUCGCCUGGUUUGCGCAGUAUCAGAACGCCAAAAACAACACUGCCCUCCAUCAGCGAGGGAUGUCCUAUGUCGGUCUGAACGCGUUCUAUGAGCAGGCCGCGAAUGGCACACUUCCCAUGAUAUCGUACAUUAUAGGUCCGACCGAACUUUCCGAGCAUCCGCCUUACUCGCCGCAUGACGGCGCGUGGCUCCAGCAACAAGUCGUCAACGCUGUCACCCGGGGCAAGAACUGGAACAGCACAGCUUUGAUCAUCAGCUACGACGAGACAGGCGGUUGGGGAGACCACGUCAGCCCCUAUCACGCGCCCAUGAACACGACGGCCGAGUGGCUUGACGACCCUUACGGCAUGUUUGGCUACACCUUUGCAGGACCCGGCUUCCGGCUCCCAUUCUAUAUCAUUUCACCUUGGACGCGAGGCGGCAAUGUCUUCACGGAGAAGUCCGACCACAAUUCGCAGAUCAUGUUCGUCGAGAAAUGGCUGCAGGUCAAGGGCUACGAAAACGUCGUGACGCCCGAGAUGCCUACCUGGCGUCGUCAGCAAAUGUCGGACCUGACCGCGGCCUUCGACUUCACAAGCCCGGAUGUGUCCAUUCCAAAGAUACCGAAUGCGAAGAUGCCACACAGGGACAAAAGCGGUGUCUGGGACGGUUCCUCGUACUGCGAGGCUCAAUACGCGGUCCAGCGUCCGCCGGUGCCCUACGGGAACCAAAGUGAAAAAACGUCACUGGUGUCCGAGAAAGGGUUCAAGUCCGUGCGUGGAUAUCUGACCGAGGGGCGCUUCCUCACUUUUGAAGCCGCUGGGUUUGCACUCUCAAACCCUGGCGGAAAGGCCGCGCGUCUGAAUGCAACGAAGGCGACUGCCUCGCACUCUGCUGUCUCUCAACGGUGGGUGAUUCACGAGACAUCCACAAACAGCGGGCUGUUCACCAUCAGUAGCCCCGGAGACGGGCGGUACAUUGGCGCGGACAUGACGCUGGUGAACAAGACCGCGGCAACAGUGCACAAUAUCACGUAUCUCGGUGGUGGGCGGGGAUACAACCUGCUGGACAGCAAUGGGAAGUAUAUCACGAUCGACAACAACGGAGGCGUGGUUCUGGCCUCGUCGGCUCAAUCCUUCUCGAUCUAUAGCGUCACUUAG